CCUAACGUUCGCACCCCCAACCGUCCCGUUCCCGUACCACCAUUUCCUCUUCCUCGCCUGAGCUGCGAGCCUCCGUUCUGCCCAAGGCGGCCACCGCCGACGCUGCGUCGCCGCCAUCGCCGCUUCUCUCCCCCAACCCUCCACCCACGUCGCCGCCAUCCUUCCUCGCGGCGCCCCUGCCGUCUCCGCCCGAACGCAAUCUCCAGAUUUCGAGGGCUCGGCGCUCCCAUGGCGACACCCGAAGACCAUGCCGAGAGCAUGACGGGGGAGUACGCUGAGACGGAGUGUGCCGAUUUCGAGGCGAGGGUCAGGAGGACGAUAUACAUCGACCACCUCUCCCCUGUGGUCACCCGCCAGGUGAUCCGAGCAGCUCUCUCCCAGUGUGCGAACGUCGUCAGUGUGGAGUUCAUUGAGAACUACACAAUCCCGUACGACAUCCCCGCCGCCGCGCUGGUGGAGUUGGACGACGAGUCGCAGGCCAAGUCUGCCGUGGACUUGAUGCGAGAUUUCCCCUUCAUAAUCGGCGGAAUGCCCAGGCCUGUCCGAGCCAGCUACGCAAGGCCCGAAAUGUUUCCGGACCGUCCGAGCCCGCCUGGCUCCAAGAUGGAGUUCCUUUGGCUGAAACAAGGAGAUCCAGAGUAUGAUGGGAUGAACAAGCUGAAGAGCCUCGCAAAGAGGCAGGAAGCAGAGAACAUGGCGCUUAUCAAGAAUAUACUGGAGGAGGAGAAGGGGCUGGCGGCUCAGCAGCAGAUAAUGCUUGAUGCGAACUACUACAAGUACAACAUGCUUGAGAACAUCGUGCAGAACGGGACCAUCAAGAACCUUGCUGGCCAUUAUAGGGUCAACUUGUUCGACGGCUGAUCAUUUUCGACAGUCUAUGAAAUGGCUUCAGAGAUUGCAGUCCCCAGUGCAAGCUUGCUCCAUUCCACUCGUAAAAAUGUGUGAUAGUGACAACAAUCGACUAGUUUGAUGCAGCUGCGCACUACUUGUGGCCAGCUGCAUCUUCUGUGUAAAAGUGGGUACUUAGUGUGUCAGCUUAGAUUAUGACGUAAUCUUCGUAUGAUGUCAGUUUAACCUCGCAUCAAGAUGAUGCAAUGAUGCCUGAUAUUGUCUUGUGUAUUAUGUGGAACUCGCAUAUCAGGCGUGUUGUGCCAUGGUGUAGUCCUGUCUGCAGUUUUUUGGCUAGCUUGAGAUAUAUGCCGGUCCUGAUUCAAA